AUGUCGACAACUGAGACCGCCACGCCUAUUGGCAUUGCCAAUCUCCCCAACCAGCGACACAAGAUUGUCGCGAAGCGGGGUGCGGCGUUCACAAUUAUGGUUGCUGGAGAGUCGGGAUUGGGAAAGACUACCUUCAUCAACACCCUCUUCUCUACUACUAUUAAGAAUUACGCCGACCACAAACGCCGCCAUCAGAAGCAGGUCGACCGCACUGUCGAGAUUGAGAUCACCAAGGCCGAGCUUGAGGAGAAGUUCUUCAAAGUUCGCCUGACCGUUAUUGAUACCCCCGGCUUCGGUGACUAUGUCAACAACCGUGACUCCUGGCAGCCUAUCAUCGAGUUCCUGGAUGACCAGCACGAGUCUUACAUGCUCCAGGAACAGCAGCCCCGCCGGACGGACAAGAUUGACAUGCGUGUGCACGCCUGCUUGUACUUCAUCCGCCCCACUGGACACACUCUCAAGCCCCUCGACAUUGAGGUCAUGAAGCGCCUGAGCUCGCGUGUUAACUUGAUCCCCGUUGUCGCCAAGGCCGAUACCCUGAGCCACGCCGACCUGCUUCGCUACAAGGAGAGAAUCCGCCGUGUCAUUGAGGCCCAGGGAAUCAAGAUCUACACACCGCCUAUCGAGGAGGAUGAUGAGCACGCCGCUACUCACGCCCGCAGCUUGAUGGCUGCCAUGCCCUUCGCCGUCAUUGGUUCCGAGAAAGACGUUAAGGCUAACGAUGGCCGUGUUGUCAAGGGUCGUCAGUACGCUUGGGGUGUCGCUGAGGUUGAGAACGAGGACCACUGCGACUUCAAGAAGCUCCGAUCGAUCUUGAUCCGCACCCAUAUGCUCGAUCUCAUCCACACUACCGAGGAGCAGCACUACGAGGCCUACCGCGCCCAGCAGAUGGAGACCCGCAAAUUUGGCGAGGCUCGGCCUCGCAAGUUGGACAACCCCAAGUUCAAGGAGGAGGAGGAGAACCUUCGCAAGCGUUUCACCGAGCAGGUCAAGGUCGAAGAGCAGCGCUUCCGCCAGUGGGAGCAGAAGCUUAUCUCCGAGCGCGACCGCCUCAACAAGGACCUGGAGGCCACCCACGCAGCGAUCAAACAACUCGAGGGCGAGAUCGAGAACCUGCAGGGCUCCAGCACCCGCAGCCAUGGUCGUCGUUAA